UCCUCUGUAAAUCUUUCUCCAGAGGGCCACCGAGAAUCCAAGUUGAACUUGUCCACUCCCGGGAAAUGAGCGUCGUUGCCUUCCCAGCCGCUCGCGUUGCUUAUCCACCUCCGCCUUCUUCCUCCACCUCCUUGGCGGCGUUCGGCCGCCCCCUCCGCCUGUACGUUGGCCCCUCGACUGCAUCCCGAGCGGCAGGGCGCCGGGGGGGUGUCUCCGGCCACGUUCAGGCGGUGGUGAAGCGGAGCCCUAAGCGCCUCAAGUACUCCGCUCCUCGCCUCAACAAGGAGGAAGGGCUAUUCUAUAUUGAAGUUGAUCCCUUUGGUGGAAAUACUUGGAUGUUAGAGCGAGUCGUACAACUUUUAAAGGAUGGAGCUGUUGGUAUAAUUCCCACAGAUACUGUAUAUGCUAUUGUUUGUGACCUUAAAAAUUAUUCUGCUGUGGAACGUCUACGAAGGAUCAAAGAUAUAGAAGCUUCAAAGCCUCUCAGUAUAUUAUGCCAUACAUUCCACGACAUUGAUACUUACACCUUGGGAUUUCCUCGUGGGAAUAAUCAUGGUCAAACUAGCAUAUUUCGAGCUGUUAAGCAUUGCCUGCCUGGGCCUUACACUUUCAUCCUUCCGGCAAGCAAAGAAUUACCAAAGCAAUGUACAUUUUAUGGAACUGUAGCAAAGUGUGUAUUAAGGAAGACCGUUGGUGUUAGAAUGCCUGAUGAUCCUAUAUGUCAAGCAAUUCUGGAAAAACUAGAUCAGCCUCUGAUUUGCACAAGUGUGAAGUCACCAACAGAAGAUGGAUGGAUGGUAGAUCCUGCUGUAAUGGCUGACAUGUAUGGAGAGAAGGGGCUUGAUUUUAUUGUUGAUGGAGGGAUCAGGGUUGCUGAUCCUUCUACUAUAGUGGACAUGACUGGUAGUUUGCCAACUGUUAUCCGGCAAGGAAAGGGACCUUCACUUGAUUGGAUGGUAUCGCCAAGUGAUGAAGAGUGACAUUUCACAUUGUUGAAUCAGAAGCAGGAGCACGUCGGUGCCCAUAGUAUGCUUCAAGGACUCAGCAAAAACUUGGUUCAUAUGUUUCAUGUAAAUACGUGUAAAUGUUAAGAUGCAUAGAUCAUUCUUGUAAUUAACAUCUCUAUAUAUUUUUAUUCAAAAAGUUGCUUUGUUAGUCUCUCCA